AUGUCUCUGAGCAGCUGUAUACGCCGCUCUAUCGCGGGCCGUGGUCUACAACCAUUCGUUCGUCCAUCUUCAGUUGCGAUUGUUCGACCAGCUGCAUUGGCCUACCGUCCCUUCUCACUAUCCACAAAAUUCGCCCAAGAGCAACAAGACAAGCCUGAACACGAUGCGCAAGAGACCUCUGAUGCUGUAGCUCAGCCGCUCGAAUCAUCUGAAGAUGCUACGCCUCCUUCCUCGACAGAGCUCGAGGCAGUCCCAUGGUAUUUGCAAGUCGACACUCCUACGCCACAGCAAGAGCACCCUUUCGCCGAACGUCAAAAGCUUCCCGACCUGCCCGAAUCCCCUCCCGCUCUCCUGCAGCCCAUUCUCGAACACGUCUCGGUCGAGCUUGGCUUGGACCACCUCUCCCUCAUCGACCUUCGCGAACUCGAUCCGCCACCAGCCCUCGGUGCCAACCUUCUCAUGAUCAUUGGAACUGCUCGUUCGGAAAAGCAUCUGCAUGUGUCUGCUGAUCGCUUGUGCCGCUGGCUGCGUACCCAACAUCAUCUCACUCCUUACGCCGAUGGUCUACUUGGUCGCAAUGAGCUCAAACUUAAGCUGAGGCGCAAGGCUAAGAGAUCUCGCCUUCUCAGCUCCGUUGGUGCAAAAGAGACUGCGAGUCAAGACCUUGACGAUGGCAUCAGGACAGGCUGGGUUUGUGUCAAUGUUGGGAGAGUCGAAGGCGGUGCUCUACAGAAGCCUGCUGAAGAGAUGGAGAACAUUGUCGGUUUCGGCAGUCAAUCUUCUGGCUCCAGAAUUGUCGUACAGAUGAUGACCGAUGAAAAGAGAGGCCAGAUCGAUCUUGAGACUCUGUGGAGCGGCAUCCUUAAGAGAUCCAUCAAGGCCAAGACUGACAAAGACCAAGAAGUCGAUGAUGCUGAAAAGCGAGUGCGUAGUGGCAUGCUACUUGAGGAGUCGACCGAAACGCCCGGUGCUUACCGCUACCGUCCCCAUGCUGCUGACUAUCCUAGUGGGCAGCAGGCUCGAGCAUACCACUCUUCUGCCAAUUUCACAACUCAACAAGGUGCGCAAAUAUCAACAACUUCCCAAAUCAACCCUCAAUCUGACAGAUCUAUUCAAAGUGCCGUCAUCCUGAACCAUUUGGUUGAUCAUCUCAAAACUAUGAGCUCCAACGAAGCCUUGAGGGCACUUGGCAAUAACAGCAGCGACCAGGAGUCUACCCCUUUUCUCCAGGCCUUCUACAGUGCAAUGCCUAGAUUCCCAGAGACGAUGCAUUGGCAUGUACACAUCUUGCUCCAUUGCCACGCCGUCCGCCUAGGUCAUUGCGGCUACUCUCCUGCUUGUUUGAUCCAAGAUUUAGAGAGCAUGCGCAUGGCUUGUGUCGUCCCAGACGAACGAAGCUAUUUAGCUGUGCUGGGAGCUAUCAUACUGCCGGGCUUAAGCCAAACUACAGCUGCUCAAGUCCACAUUGACCAAACGACAUUGCGAAAAGCGCUUUCUGUCUUGGACCGCAUGUUUGAAGACGGCUACAAUCCAGUAAGCGAUUCAGUCUGCCGGAUCUUGUGUCAAGCGACAUUUACCAGAACCACGAUGGUCGAAGAAUCUCAACUCAAUCUAGAUGACAAAACUAUACCAACAAAUCAAGAACCACCUACACUACAUCAGUUCACAACUGCUCUUUCCGUCUAUGCCCUCCGCACUGCCGCUCAAAAUGCUUCUUGGUCUGAUUUCUGGGAUACAUGGCGCUCCUUUCCUUGUCGCAUGUCGCCACGCUCAAUUAACAUGUACGUGACUAUGUUCGAAGCAGUCGCCCAAAGGAACAGUCCGAAAGAUGCUAUGAAUGCUUUGCGACAAUAUGUACCAGAAAUGUUGCGCGAACAGCCAGCCGUCGGACUUGGAAGCCAGGUAGCAGCUGCCAUCUUGCGUUGUCUACACGUUGCUGAGCCUCGAGCUGAGGAAUUGGCUCGACGAGGGAACCGUGGUGAGUGGGCAGUGCUCUGGCUGCGAUGUGCUAAGGCUUUGGAAGCGGUUUGA